AACAGUGAAACGAUGCCGUUUCCCCAGAGGUGAUGUGCGUAGGGCACAAAUUUGACCUAAUUGCAGAGAUGGAUAACAAUACCAAUCCGAAAAUGGAGAAGAGUCGGGUCCUGGUAAUCGGAGCGACAGGAAGUCUGGGGCAUGAUUUGGUGCGUUACAGCCUCAAAUACUCUCACCCAACUUUCGCUCUUGUUAGAGACUCGGCCUUCACUGAUCCCUCCAAGCAGUACAAGCUACAGUCUCUGUCCACUGCUGGUGUCACUCUCCUCAAGGGUUCAUUGCAAGAUGAGGAGAGUCUGAUCGAAGCACUGAAGCAAGUGGAUGUUGUGAUUUGUGCUAUCCCCUCUAAACAGGUUCUUGAGCAGGAGCUGCUUAUUAAAGUCAUCAAAGAAGUUGGCUGCAUCAAGAGGUUCAUUCCAUCAGAAUUUGGAGCUGAUCCUGAGAAAACUCAGAUAUCUGACCUUGACUACAACUUCUACUCACGGAGAGUUGAGAUUCGGCGUCUUGUGGAAGCCGCACACAUUCCUUAUACUUAUAUCUGUUGCAAUUUAUUUAUGCGGUAUUUGCUUCCAUCACUGGUUCAACCAGGCCUAAAGACUCCUCCAAGGGACAAGGUCACGAUCUUUGGAGAUGGAAAUACUAAAGGUAUCUUUGUGAAAGAUAGCGAUGUUGCUGCCUUCACUAUCGCUGCAGUUGAUGAUCCGUGUGCAUUGAAUAAGGUCCUGUAUUUACGGCCUCCAGGAAAUAUUUACUCAUUGAAUGAGCUAGUUGAGAUUUGGGAGACCAAGAUAGGAAAGAAACUUGAGAAGCUGUAUGUAUCAGAAGAGGAGCUUCUUACAAAAAUCAAAGAAAAUCAUUUAGCUCUAAAAAGAGUGCUGCUUUUGCAAUACAUGGAGUUCAUAGAAGUAGGAAAUCCCGAGAAACUCAGUUGCUUGGUGUUGAAUACUCUAGAUCUGGCCAAUUAUGUAGCAAAUAAGUUUGCAAUUUCAGUUUCUGGACCAAUGAAACGAAAGAGGAUGUGCAUUUGGACGGUUGAAUAUUGGUCACUGAUGAAGUAUGGAUUUAUAAUAGCAACUGAAAGUCAUGAAGCUGCAAUUAGAAAAGUUUAUAAGCUUAGGAAGUCAAGAUUUUUUGGGAAGUUUGUAUUAUGCAACUUAAUAUUCAAUUCGCAACUCCACAAGGAAAAUGGGAACCUCACCAUUACUGAUUACUUUCUGAAGUCCAAGUCCGUUGCUGACACUCUAAUUGCUGCUUGUCAGCCACUAGCAGUUGAUCUCAGUAACCACUCGCUCAGAUCAAAUGAUUAUGUGGCUAUCUGUUGUCGUUUCCAUGGUUACUGCUGCUUCCAAACUCACAUUAUCACUCACAAUUCACUUCCUAGUAUAACUCUGCCAGAAACAAUCAAAACUGAAAAACACGAGAGCGUGAGAUCAUUGGUCCUUUGUUGUUUCCUGCUAACUCGAUCAAUAAAAGACACGAGUCAGUUGUCCAGAUAUCCAACCUUAAGAUAUCCUAACACGCCAUUUGUAUGUGUAUUUAUUUGUCUAUUAAUUUCAUUUUUAAUCUCUCUUUAUUUUAUUACCUUUUUACAUUUCUUUAAACUGGUGUUGAAACGGAUUGUAGAGAUGAUUUUUAUAUAUUCCGUUUUCGUGAAGGGAGAUCAUACAAACUUCAAUAUCAAGUCUUCUGAAGGGGUGGAAGGGACGCAACUGUAUCCCCACCUAAAAUACACUUCAAUCAGCGAGUUCCUGGAUACACUGGUAUAAAAUGAUCACUCUUGAAUUCUUAACUUCUGAAAGUUAAACUGAUCAGAAUUUUACAAAGUAAUUAGAGUAUGAAAUUAUUUUUUGAGAUGCCGUAGGGUUUAGCUACAGGGCGCUCUCUUAACUACUAUUGAAUUCUUUGCGCGAGAUUGAUGCAACGUGCAAAACUCUUAAGCAAAUGUAAUGUGUUUUUCUUGAUAACCAACAACUUCUUGAUGGAUCUCUGGCUGAUUGACUUAUGUGAUUAGUUACAGUUUUACAGAACUCUA